AUGUUUUCAGAUAGAAACGAAUCCAGACACGUCCGGGCAAGUUCUUAUUUCACAUUUCGAUGUUUUCAACAACAAUUGCUGUUUUUUUAAACAGCUGCCGAGUUAAAAACACCUGUUCAAAAAGAAUAACCGAUUCACAAUGAGUGUGAAAUUUCCACUAAGUUUGCCACUGUUUUUCGUUCAGUGAAUUUCAGUAUAACUUCCUCUCGUAUAUCCUACUGUCACACGAUAGUGAUUCAUUUGCAUUGCCGGACUGGAGUGAAAUAAACAUCAGGCUAGAGUGAGUACCUGCUCAACCACAAGCAAUUAUUUUGAAUGCCAUCACGAAUCGAAACUCGAGCGGCUCAUUUUAGGCUGAAUUCGCAACCGAGAUGGCCGUAACGUUUUUAGUCAUUGCUUUUGUGCUCCUAACUUUCCCUGAAAGUUCUCAUUCGGCAUGCCAUGGCUCAAAGACCAGUUAUCGCGCAGAAUUUAGCGGCCAACUGACGCUCGAUAACCGAGUGUUGGUCGGACACGUAUUUGCCAGAUUUACGGUGACGAGUUUCACCGACUGUUUUACGCAUUGCGAUAAUGAUUGCAGAUGUAGGUCGUUCAAUCUGCCGAUGUCGGGUGGAGGAAAAUGCGAGCUAAACAGUGCGGAUAAUAGUACAGUGUUGACGGAACCGAAAUCCGGAUGGCGCUACCAUCAUUUGCAAGUCAAGGAAGUUCUUUCUGGCGCAGACACCUGCUACGAGCCGUAUUCAAACCGUUGCUGUGACAACAAUCCUUGUGCAAAUGGCGCAACAUGCACAGAGCUUGGUGAACGCGGGAAGUCAGGAUUUAAUUGCACAUGCGCACAUGAGUACCACGUCGGGACAAUGUGCGAGCGGGAGGUCAACAGUUGUUUCGACUACUUGUGGAAUGACAGAACGGCCAAGUCCGGGUAUUAUGACAUCUGGGAAAAGAAUACUAUGGUGAAGACUCGCGUUUACUGUGAAAUGCGGCCGGACGAGAUGGAAGCAUGGACCCUAAUGAUGUCUUAUUCGAAGGGCAAUGCCGGAGAUUAUGAACGUGCGCCUUUCAAAGAAGACUUUCCACGAAAUGAAGACGACGCUAGUAGCGGUGAUUACAGGUUGUCGUUGGCUAAGAUGAAAAGCAUCCAGAAUGGAAUGGAAGGCGAACGUAAAGUGGAGUGGAAAGCCACGUGUGGCUAUUCAUUUCAAGACGGGAAAUCGACCAGUGAUGACGUUGUGAGAAACGCUUUUCAGACUCUGGAUUUAUUCAGCUUUGAGACAAACGAAAAAGGUUUGGUUGGUUUCUAUCCAUUUGACAAUGUUACAAAAGGACAGGAUAAAUCUGGCUUCGGAAACCACGGUACAAUGUACGACACUGUAUACGAGGAUGGACCAUUGGGCAAUCCGGGAGGAUCAGUUAGAAUGCAAGGAUUAACAUCUUCAUACAUUCGGCUUCACGACAACUCAGGGAAGUUGGACACUCGCUAUAGCCUUACGAUUCUGAUGCAGGUUUACACUUACGAAACACGAUACGGCCAAUUACUGGGUUGGACUGCAGAUGGAAAUUGGGGUGUUCAUCUAUGGGCAAGAGAAACGACGCUUUCCUUCAGAACCAUCAACAGAGAAGGAGUCGACAUACAUUACGUAGAGCAAUAUGGUACAAUUUACCCAAUGCAGUGGUAUUACAUAGCGGCAACGUAUGAUUAUGAUAAAAACACACAAUCCAUAUACCGCAAUGGCCAGCGCCUGCAAAGUAAAUCCGGCUCUUCCGCGCAAGAACUGCGCACAUCAAACAACUUGCAGUUGACGCUUGGGUCGAUAACUAAUGCUAAUAUGGAGGACCAUAACGCUUUCAACGGACGUAUCGCCUGCGUAAGGAUUUACAACACUGCGUUCACUGAUGAAGAUGUGAAAAAGUUUAGUGAAAACUGGGAAUGCCCACACGAACCUGCCCCACUUUGCCAUCGUGUUGAUUACAUAAAGAUCCGGGGACGUGAAUGUCACAACUGCAACGUGUGGGCGACACAAACCCACGCAGAAAUAUUCUCAAUCAACGCACAUCGCGGAGAUCAAAAGUGCAAUUUCAACUCUGGUUCUUCAGUUACGGAUGAAAAUAUCUUUGGUGUGUAUAAAGCCGUUGACCCAUCAACUCACGCAUGUGCUAAUUCAAACCUGGCUACCACACAAUACUGGUUCGGAGGACGCCUGUAGGGGUUUUAUCCGUCUUCCCUGCACGUUUUCAUAUUUUUGCACUGUAUAUAAUUACGAAAUAUAUUAUAUAUGUUAU